AUGGAAAACCACAGCGCAGGAACAGCAGACCAGAAGCCGCCGAACGAAUACACACCACGAGCAUGCCUCGCUAUUCUCGGUUCAUUCGUUGGGGCGUUUUGCACAGUCGGGUUCAUCAACUCCUUUGGAGUGUUUCAGGAAUACUAUCUGCGCCAUCAGCUCUCAGAUGAAUCAGAAUCAACAGUCGCGUGGCUGGGUGGUAUCAGCAUUUUCUUUGUCUUCUUCUCGUCGGUAGUGUCCGGACCACUGUUAGAUGUGUUUGGGCCUAGAGUGAUGUUGCUGGUGGGCUCAUUUGGCACGGUUUUCUCCAUUAUGAUGACCUCAAUCUGCCACAAGUUUUACCAGUUUCUACUCGCCCAGGGGGUUCUGCUUGGUGUAUCAAUGUCCCUGCUAGUUGUCCCUAUGCUUGGUCUUGUCGGGCAGUACAUCAAAGUUAGACGUGCCGUUGCGAUGGGUAUCGUGAUUAGCGGAUCCUCACUGGGUGGUGUGCUAUGGCCUAUCAUCAUCAACGAGCUGCUGAACAAUAGAACCGUUGGCUUUGGAUGGACCAUGCGGAUUGUCGGGUUCAUCAUGAUUCCUCUCCUGGCUAUUUCUUGCUUGUUCUGUCGACCACCCUUGCCAGCAGGCCACAAUGGCGCCCCAAGUCCUGAUUCCGGAGAGUCGCCCGUCAGCCUGGAGACGAAGAAACGAUCUGGACCCGACUUCUCGAUUCUCAAGAGGGCCCCGUUGCAGUUGGCCUGCCUCGCCUUCUUUAUAAUCUACUUUGGGAUGUUCUCGCCGUUCUUCUUCACCACAUCGUACGCGGUCUCGAAGGGGUUUUCGUCCAACCUAUCCUUCUACACCAUUUCAAUCAUCAACGGGGCAUCCUUGUUUGGUCGGAUCCUACCAGGUUUCGUGGCAGACAGAUACGGGAGAUACAACUGCUGCAUUGUCUUUACCUUCCUGUCCGGCAUCAUCGCUCUGUGUUGGACGAGAGCCACAUCCGUCGCAGGACUGGUGAUAUUUUCCGCCGCGUACGGCUUCACCUCCGGGGCUAUCCUGUCGCUUCAGCAGGUAUGUGCUGUUCAAGUAGCGACACCGGAAACCAUAGGACUCGCGAUCGGCUGUGUCAUGGCAUCCACAUCACUCUCAGCACUUGCUGGCGUUCCAAUUAGCGGUCAACUCGCAGAACAGUACGGAUAUCUUUCGUUGUCGAUCUACUCGGGCGUGAGUCUCCUAGUCGGCAGUAUUCUGUUGUCGCUGGCACGUUUAUCGCAAAAUCGAGCCAUCAUUGCCGUUGUCUAG